AUGUCCGAAUUCCGUCCAUCCCUCAUGCACUUCUUCAACAGCUUCAAAGAAAGCUUGUUUCUCGGAAACCCUCGCUGGACGCCAGCAGAAAUUCCGUGUCUGAAAGACAAAGUCAUCAUCGUCACUGGAGGAAACUCUGGAAUUGGCUAUGAUACAGUCAAGGCUCUCCUGGAGCACGAAGCAACAGUGUACAUCGUAUCUCGAAACGAGAGCAAGGCUCUUCCUGUCAUUGACGAACUCGAGAAGGAAACAGGGAAGCGGGCCCUGUACAUCCAAGCAGAGCUGUCAGACCUUAGCUCGGUAAAAAGAGCUGCCGAGCAGUUCCUCAGGGGGAUCGUGUACCCUUUCGCGACGACACCGGAAGGAAACGACCUGAUCUUCGAGACGAACGUCACCGGCCACUUCUACUUCACCACGCUGUUGCUUCCAUUACUCCUUUCGACAGCUAAAACCGCAGCACCAGGGACGGUCAGAAUCAUCAACGUGUCAUCGAGUGCACAUCGCCUGGUCCCCGCAACGAACCCUUUGAAGCUCGAUGCAAUUCAGGAAGGUCCGCUGAGAGAUCAGGUCCUCCGAAUGUACGGUUAUGGCUUCAGCAAAUUUUGCUCGAAUCUGUAUACUAACGAGCUCGCAAGACGGUACAAGGACACCAACAUUGUCGUUAUGUCGGUUCAUCCGGGGUGUUUCCAUACGUCCAUGACCGACCAUAUGCCACAGACAUUGGCCAAUCGAAUGAUCAACAAAAUUAUAUUCAUAUACUCUCCAGAUUAUAAAGCUUAUACCCAACUGUGGGCAGGCACAGCCCCGGAAGCAGGAAAGCUGCAUGGAAAGUACAUAACGCCAUGGAACAGUGUCGGAAACCCACGGGCGGAGACGCAGGACGAAGGUCUAAUGACGGAACUAUGGACGUACCUGGAAGGGAGGGUAAAAGCUCAUGAGCUCAAGCAGGUGGAAGGUGCUUAG